CUUGAAACCAUUGCAUGAGGAACUACUGCCGGCGACAUGGAGCGAGCCGCGGCGGAGAACAGAGCUGAUGAGGAACUUAAGGGAGUGAGAGAUGAAUUCAUCCAACGACUGUCUGCUGCAGUGAUGAAUCAACUCUUAGAUUUAUGCUUAAAGGAUCGUGUGUUUGAUUAUGAUGAGAGGGAUGAAAUCCUGGAGGAGAACCGCACGCGAGCUGGUAAGGCCCGCGCUUUCAUUGAUGCGGUGAUUAAAAAAGGACCAGAGACCUGCAAGAAGAUGAUCGGUUACCUGGAAAGAAAAGAUAAAGAGCUUUUCAAACUGCUGGGUUUGUCCUCUCAGUCAGCCAACUCACCAUUGCCAGACUUGUUUGCACCUCUGUUGUUACCUCGGCUUUUCAUCCCUCAAGCAGCUGACAAAAGGAAAAAAGAAGAAGAAGGAGGAGAAACAGCUGGUAAACAAGCCCGACAGGAGGACAAGCCAGAUGGAGUGACUCAGAGCCAGGACUUGUCAGAGAAGCAGCUUCUGCAGGUCGCCAAGCAGCUCGGGAUGGAGUGGAAGGAGGUCGCUAUCUACUUAGGCUUGGAAUCCAAGGACCUGGAUGACCUUGAGGAAGCAGAGAAAAGUGUAAACAUGCGGAAGCACAAGAUGCUGUUGAAGUGGAAGAGAAAAACAAAGCCAGGAGAAGCUACAGCCAAACACCUGCUGAAGAGUUUGGAGGAGAUGAACAACCUGCCUGUCAAAGUUUACGAGAUACUGAAAGGUAUGGUGGCCGAUGUGAGGGAUGAAGCUGCUAAAUAAAUCAGCCAUGUAUUCAAGAUGUGCUGCGAAGGCAAGUCAACCUGCGGACUUCAGCCCUUUGAUUUUUGUUUUCUACAGAAGACACGCCUGGACAUUUUUAAAAAAAAAAUAAAUUAUUGGCUCUAGCUGCCUUUAUUUGAGAGUGGCUAUCCAGGAAAGCAAUGAGAGAGAGAGAGGGGAAGACAUGCAGCAACUCUCAGCAGGCUGGGAAUCGAACCUGAGACGUCCGUGUCGAGGACUACGGGCUCCACAUGUGGGUAGUGCAUUGCCCCUGUAUAACCACAGAAUCCCAAUGUUUUUAUUUAAAUUUGUUCAAAUUUGAAAAUUAGUUUUCUGUAACAAACAGAGACUAAUAAAGUCACCAGGCUUAAGAAA